CAUUCCUGGCUGCAGGAGGAAAGGUGCGCACAGUGGCUGUCCCAUCCUCGGAAAAAACACUUCUUCCACUCGACUUGUAUGUGAUUUAAUCGACUUUAAUCUCAGUGUCGGAUUUUGUGCGUUACAACCCGCAACUUCAGUGAUAUUAAAGUCGGUGCGCAACAGCGGAGAAGAGAAGGUGAAUUUAUUACUAACACAAGACAACGAAGGACUUAUUCUGCUCACGCCACUGAAGAUCAUGGAUGCACAUGGAUACUCUGCAUGGCAUCAUUAAAUGUUAACCGGUGGAGUUUAAGCGCACUUCUCCUCCUUGUGAAGUUCUUGUAGUUCUCCGAUGAUGGACGGCAGACACCCGUCCAGGACUGUCACACCUGCCUCUGCAGCUUUUGCCAACACAUGAGAAGGAGAAACAUGUUUUGUCUGAUGAAAUCUCGGAGCUUAUCAGACAGCAGCAGGGCUAUGGGGAUCAGACAUGGGACAAAAGUCCAGCAUCACUCCAAACCCAUCUCUAAAAUAUACUUCUUUUUUAUUCUGCUCCUGCUUAUUUUUACACCCAGAGUGGAUUCAUCGUGGUGGUACAUCGGAGCGCUGGGUGCUCGGGUGAUCUGCGACAACAUUCCCGGCCUGGUGAACAAGCAGCGGCAGCUGUGCCAGCGGCACCCGGACCUGAUGCAGUCCAUCGGCGAGGGAGCCAAAGAGUGGAUCAAAGAGUGCCAGCACCAGUUCAGACACCACCGCUGGAACUGCAGCACGCUGGACCGGGACCACACUGUGUUUGGCCGGGUGAUGCUGCGAAGUAGCCGUGAGGCAGCGUUCGUCUACGCCAUCUCUUCAGCAGGAGUGGUGUAUGCCAUUACCAGGGCCUGCAGUCAGGGGGAGCUAAAGAUCUGCAACUGCGACGGCCAAAAGCGAGGGCGAGCGAGUGACGACAGGGGCAGUUUCGACUGGGGUGGAUGCAGCGACAACAUCAACUACGGCAUAAAAUUUGCCAAGGCCUUUGUGGAUGCUCGAGAGAGGAUGGUUAAAGACGCUCGUGCUCUGAUGAACCUGCACAACAACCGGUGUGGUCGGAUGGCAGUGAAGCGCUUUAUGAAGCUGGAGUGCAAGUGUCACGGGGUCAGUGGCUCCUGUUCUCUGAGGACCUGCUGGCUCGCCAUGUCGGACUUCAGGCGAACUGGAGACUACCUUCGCAAGAAGUACAACACAGCCAUCGAGGUGACCAUGAACCAGGACGGGACGGGCUUUAUGGUGGCUGACAAGGACUUCAAGGGAAGCACCAAGAACGAGUUAGUGUAUGUCGAGAACUCGCCAGAUUACUGUCUCACGGACCGCGCAGCAGGUUCCUUGGGCACAGCAGGCAGAGUGUGCAACAAGUCCUCCAGAGGCACAGACGGCUGCGAGGUCAUGUGCUGUGGGCGGGGCUACGACACCAUGCGUGUCAAACGUGUCACCAAGUGCGAGUGCAAGUUCAAGUGGUGCUGCGCUGUGGAGUGUAAAGACUGCGAGGAAGUGGUGGACGUUCACACCUGCAAGCCCCACAAGCGACCCGAUUGGUUGGACAUAACCUAACGAGGACACCUGACCAAUCACACGUCACCACUGACUCAAUAACCUGCUCGCUAAUGACUGCAUUUUGUUAUGGGAUAUAUAAUAUGGAUAAUACCUCUGGCUUUUGAUCCCUUGACACUUCCUGAAGCAGAGACUUCACAGACCUGAUGCUAAACUGGAAAUUAGGCCCAGUUACUGAGGGUGUGCUGCUUUGUUCAGUUUUUUAAGACAAACUUUGAACCUUUGAUACAAAAUGGCUGAAUAUUAUAUUAUUCUGUUGUAAAUGCACCCUUGUUUAAAGCAGAGAUCUGAGGUAACCUCUGUAUUAUAUUAACAUUUAGCCUGAACAGAAAGCGAUGAAGAAAGAAAGAUGGAGAGAUCUUUUGAGAUAAUGUAAAGACACUGAUAUUGCAUCAUUUAAAUGAUAACGUCAUUGUGUGGAACUGCAACAAAUCAUUUAAGAUACAAAAGACAGUUGCUGGUAAUGAUCGCAACUCUAACAAACUAACAAAGUUCCUACUAUAAGAUCAGACAAUCACACUGUGAAGCAAAAGGAACCGCAAAAAGGAGGACAAGUAUGGACUGUCAAUUGAUGUGGCCACAUACUGUACCUGCUGUAAGUUCGGCAGGUUCUCGGGAGAAAAAAGACACACUAAACAGGAGAAAUGUUUCACAUUUUUCAUACAAUAUCUCGCUUGUUUGACUGUCUGCAAUUGGUCUAACACAUUCUGGCUAUGUUGCCUUAUGGAGAACUUUUAUCAUGUCUACCUCUGGUUCUUUGUCUUCGUUUCCUCGUUUUGUUUCAGUGCUACACUGAGAGCAAGCAAUUGUCCUUAGGCUAUGUUCAGACAGACAACAGCACUGCAUAAAACACACACCCUAAUUCAGUGAGGCUACCAUAUCAAAAAAUGUAGUGUUACAGCUGCAACACAAGGCACUGUGUAGGCCGAUCUAGACAUGCAGGUACACAUUCAAUGUAAAUUACAGAUACAAAGGACGAUAAAAUAAUUUUCAAUGAGAUUACUUUUCCAAAGUUGUUAAACGUAAAUGUCAUAAUGCUACAAACUGCUAUGCAGUGAUUUUGUGUCUGAUAAACCUUCAGACUCAUGGAUUUGUUAUUUAAAACUGCUAUCAUCAGUAUCAUCAGUAACAACAUGCCUGCACCAACGCAGCUGUUUCUGAUCUGAACACUCGGUCAGUUCUUCUGCCUGCAGCCUUUGUUGUUAACCGAGAUUUAUCUACUUCCAGCUUGUCUUGGUCAUAGUUAUUUCUUAUUUUACAACCACCUCUCAUGCCUCUAGUAAGAUUGAUGCUGUUCUGUAGUUAAAGUUUGCUUUUAAAGCUCUUGUAGGUAGGUAAAUUUUGUCGUCAUUGGGCAACAAUCCCUAAUAAACCUUGAGCUUAUUGUAA